GAAGGCUCGCCCAUCCGCAGCAGCACUCGAUCACUGCCCAUCGUCCAUCUAUCACUUGCCAAGCAGAGCAAUAUACCUGAGAGCUGUGACUAGCUAGCUACAUACAUAACGAUUUAUAGACAGAUAGUAGUGACUAGCUAGGAGAGCUGCUGCUGGCUAGCACAGACGCUCAGAUCGAGUCAGAGAUCGUCCUCCAACAAGCUUUUGAAGCUCAGAAAGAGACUACUAGACGAUGGCUCUGGCGUCGGUGUCCAAGGUGGUUCUGGGGUCGGUCGCCUUCGGCGUGUUCUGGGUGCUGGCGGUGUUCCCGUCGGUGCCCUUCAUGCCCAUCGGCCGCACGGCGGGGGCCCUGCUCAGCGCCGUGCUCAUGAUCAUCUUCCACGUCAUCAGCCCCGACGACGCGUACGCCUCCGUGGACCUGCCCAUCCUGGGCCUGCUCUUCGCCACCAUGGUGGUGGGCACCUACCUCAAGAACGCCGGCAUGUUCAAGCACCUGGGCACGCUGCUCGCCUGGAAGAGCCAGGGAGGCCGCGACCUGCUCUGCCGCGUCUGCAUCGUCACCGCGCUCGCCAGCGCCCUCUUCACCAACGACACCUGCUGUGUCGUCCUCACCGAGUUCGUGCUCGAGCUCGCCGCCGAGCGCAACCUGCCAGCCAAGCCCUUCCUGCUCGCGCUCGCCUCCAGCGCCAACAUCGGCUCCAGCGCCACGCCUAUUGGGAAUCCUCAGAAUCUUGUGAUUGCCUUCAACAGCAAGAUCUCCUUCCCCAAGUUCCUCCUGGGCAUCCUGCCCGCCAUGCUCGCUGGCAUGGCCGUCAACAUGGUCAUGCUCCUCUGCAUGUACUGGAAGGACCUCGAGGGGACCAGCCCCGACCUCGUCUCCGACGGCAAGCAGAUGGAGACCGUCGAGGAGGGCAUGGCGUCAAAGACCCCUUCCCCAGCCAAGCUGACCAACGGCGGAGGAUACAGCUCGCCGCUCAUGACGGAGGACAUCUCCACCAAGCACCCCUGGUUCAUGCAGUGCACGGAGCAGCGCAGGAAGCUCUUCCUCAAGAGCUUCGCCUACAUCGUCACCGUCGGCAUGGUCAUCGCCUACAUGGUCGGCCUCAACAUGUCGUGGACCGCCAUCACCACCGCCAUCGCCCUGGUCGUCGUGGACUUCCGCGACGCCGAGCCGUGCCUUGACAAGGUGUCCUACUCGCUGCUCGUCUUCUUCUCGGGCAUGUUCAUCACCGUGAGCGGGUUCAACAAGACGGGGCUGCCAGGGGCCAUCUGGAACUUCAUGGCGCCCUACUCCAAGGUCAACAGCGUCGGCGGCAUCUCCGUGCUCUCCAUCAUCAUCCUCCUCCUCUCCAACCUCGCCUCCAACGUCCCAACAGUGCUGCUGAUGGGCGGCGAGGUGGCCUCCGCGGCGGCGCUGAUCUCGCCGGCGGCAGUGAUCAGGUCGUGGCUGCUGCUGGCGUGGGUGAGCACGGUGGCGGGCAACCUCUCUCUGCUGGGUUCGGCAGCGAACCUGAUCGUGUGCGAGCAGGCACGCCGGGCGCCGCGCAACGCUUACGACCUCACCUUCUGGAACCACAUCGUCUUCGGCGUGCCCUCCACCCUCAUCGUCACCGCCGUCGGCAUCCCCCUCAUCGGAAAGAUCAACGUCUAGUUACGUUAAUAAUCCUGCCGACCGCCGGCCGUCGUCAGCUAGCCACCAUCAACGACGCCUCAUUAAUUCUGCAUUCCUGGCCUGCAUGCGUAUGUUGUUAGCAGCUAGCGUGGCGUAUACUUGCGAGUAUAAUUGUACGUACAGUGCUGUUACUAGUUGCGUAUAUGUGGUGUGUAAUGGCUCCAAAGAGUUUCACUUAACUCUCAGCUCCGGACAGUUAUUACGAUUGUGGAGCGAGAGGCAGUGAUAGAUAACCAAUGGUAAAUCUUCCAGGAAAAACGCAAGGUAGUGUUCUAAGCAGUGCACUGUCUGCCUGCCUGCAUGAAGAAUAUGCAUGUGGUCUUGACUAUCAAUAUCAGUUGUCUUUCUAAUUA